AUGACUGGUGAUAAUAACAUAUGGGUUGCCGCUGGUGAUGGUGAUAUAGAGCGCGUCAAGGUACUCUUAUCUACCGGAAUAUCCCCAAAUAUUCAAGAUCAGAAUGGUUACACGCCAUUAGCUGCUGCUACUUCUUAUAAUCACAUCGAACUCGUUGAAUUCCUCUUGUCUCAGGGUGCCGACAUAAAUCUUCCUGAUCAUGAUGGCGACACAGCUUUGCAUCUGGUGGAAACUGUUGAAAUGGCUCAAAAGUUGCUUGAUCUAGGCGCUGAUCCAUUCUCCACUAAUUCGGUUGGCAAAUCUCCUGCCCAAGUUGCAUUUGAAGAAGAACAUUAUGAUGUGGCUAUGCUCCUGAGUUCUAAAACCGGUGAAACAAUUCAGGAAAAUAACUUUGAUGAUGAUGAUGAACAUGUGAAUGGCGUUAUCGAUUAA